GCACCGUUUUCUCUCCUCUCUUCCGUUCUUCAGGUGCUCAGUGACGAAUAUCUCCAGUUUAGUGCGGUCCCAAAUGUCCAACAUGUCCACAAGAUCUUACAAAGAUGCCGUUCAACAUCUCAACUCGUUGCAAUCCAACGCUGCUACUCUGGACGCUGUUCGUGCAUCGGGAGGGAAGUCGAGCAAUUUAGCCAUCCCCGAAAUGUUGGAGUAUCUGGGACGGAUAGGAUAUUGCCCAGAGGACCUCAACGCACUCAAUGUCAUCCAUAUCACCGGAACCAAGGGCAAAGGGUCAACAAGCGCUUUUACAAGCUCUAUUUUGCAGAACGUGAAACCUGAUUGGAAGAUUGGUCUUUAUACUUCCCCCCAUCUGGUGGCAGUCCGUGAGCGAAUACGUAUCAACGGUCGGUCGUUGCCAGAGGAAGAUUUUGCACGAUUUUUUUUCGAAGUCUGGGAUAGAUUACAGACCAAUACGCAGAGACAGCAUGAAAAAACUUCCCUCAUGCCAGGAUAUUUCCGGUUUAUUACACUUCUAGCCUUCCAUACAUUUUUGACGUUGAAAGUCGAUGCUACUGUUCUGGAAGUAGGUGUUGGUGGUACUUACGACAGCACCAAUAUCGUACCGAAGCCUGUUGUCACUGGCGUCACCGCUCUGGGGAUCGACCAUGUGUCUGUUCUUGGGAAGACACUGAAAGAGAUUGCAUGGCAAAAGGGAGGGAUUUAUAAGGAAGGUGUACCCGCUUUGACGGUUAAUCAACCGGAAGAGGGCCUGAAUGUUUUAGAACAAAGAGCGAAGGAGCUUAAGGCCUCCGAGUUUGUAGUUGUCGCCCCGGUUGGAGAACUAGAAACUCUCAGACUAGGGCUAGCUGGCGAACAUCAAGUCCAAAAUGCGACUCUGGCGGUUCAUCUUGCGAAAUCAUUUCUCCAUUCUCAGGAGACACCGGAUGAAUCCGCGCACCUCUCUGAAAAGUUUCGAACAGGUCUGGAGGUUGCAAAUUGGCCAGGACGUUGUCAGACUGUCGUUGACCCUUCACAUCCAAAAAUCACCUGGUAUUUGGACGGUGCACAUACUACAGAGAGUCUUGAAUGUUGCAUGCGAUGGUUCAUUAGCCCAAACGCUGCCCUUUCACCGCGACAUAAUGCGAACUCCUGCAGGGUCUUGGUCUUCAAUUGUACAAGCGGACGUUCUGGAUCCUCAUUUCUGUCCACCAUGCAUGACGUGGUUUGUACGCAACUGAAGCACCAUAAAACCCACAUCAAUGCGCGAGACUUCUUCGACCGGGUAAUCUUUUGCACCAAUGUUACUUACGCUAACGGAAAGUUCAAAGGAGACUUGGCUGCUGUCGCCAUCCCAGACGAUGAUCUCAAGCACCUGCAAACCCAGAAUCAGUUGGCCGAGGCAUGGCAAUCGAUACAUCCCCAAUUCCGCGGUGACCAGAUACACGUAUUACCUUCGGUCGAACACGCGAUCGACGUCAUCACAUCCCUUGAAGAUCCUGAAAGAGUGGAUGUGUUGGUUACCGGUAGCCUGCACCUUGUGGGCGGAGUCAUCGAAGUUGCGGGGUUAUCUGAAGUCGCCCUUAAAUGA